CUUUAGAACGCCGCCGUUCACGAGCUGAUGUUGCGCGCUCCCUGAAAAUGUUGCGCAGGUUGUAAUGCAAAGCGGGAGCAGAGAGCCAGGCUAUAUAUAUGCAUGGUCACACUGAUCCAUGUAGGAGAACUCACACUGAAAAUCUCAUCCAGAGGGAAACUCACAGCUUAGCCCAGCCAGCACCAUCACCUUACAGGUUGCAUAGAGCAUCAGACUGAGGGAUCCUGAGCGCUUUGCACAUAAGGGUGGAGGUGGGCGUCACAUGUGGAAGAUCCUGCAGCAGCACAGCGCAGAGAGAGGCGAUCUGCAACGCAGGAGCACCCAGCAUCUGCAUUGUAAAGAAGUGGCAACUUGCAAGGGUCUGGAGACCUCCUGGAACAGAGAGACCACUCCCGAGACAGGCAUGGAGCUGUCUGCCAUUGGGGAGCAAGUCUUUGCAGUAGAGAGUAUUAGGAAGAAGAGAAUCAGGAAGGUGAGUCUGGGGGGGCGUGUUACUUAUUUUUUUUCUCCAAAUCAGAGGUUAAACCCUCCAGGGGUAAUUAAAAAUAAAAAUAUAUAUAUAUUUAUUUUUUUGUAGGUGUAGCUCCCAUCAACAUUAGCCUAACCUGACUGAGAAUGAUGAGUGUUGUUGACCUAGCAAACAUCUGGAUAAUGCUAGUUGCCCACUACUGCUCCAAGUUUAUUAGUGUUAAUUAGAACGUUCACUGAGGGAAUUGAUGAUGGAUUAUGGUUGUAGGUAUUUGGUUUUAUUGGAAUGUUCAUCACAUAAGCCAGUGCAGUUUAAGAUAUGACCCAUCUCCUACUUGUCGCCAGUGGUGGGCAGCACUGUUUAUGCCACAUUUCUUGAGUGCCGCAGAGCUAGAACUUUCUCUUCUCCUUAAUUAAUGCAUAUACAGUCGUAACACAUUAUUGAGCCCAAUAUCUGGCUAAAGACCAAUUUUCUUUGCUCCAGCAUCAGAAGUGUGCAGGUUUGGUUCAAAAAGGUAAACCAAAGCUAUCCAGAAAUUUCUAACUAUGACCUCAUCAUCUGCUCUGAUAUCAGUACUUUUAUAGCUGUGGGAAUCACAUUUAGCAAACUUAUUUAAUGUUUUAUCUACUUGAUAGAUUAGGAAUGAAAUACACACUGUACAUGACAUGAGAAAUUUCAUUCAUUAAUCAACACACACACACCCCUCUAUAAACACACUGAAGUACCACAUUUUAAUGGAAAUUUAUCAAAGCAAAAAAUCUCUUUGGAAACUAGUGGUAUGUCCCAAAAACUGAAGUAUUUGACUGAAAUAAAACCUAUUUUAUCAGGAUAAAUCUCAUCCUUUGCCUAAUAGAAAUUCUGACAAGAGUUUCAUCAACCUACCUUCCUGUUCUAUGGCAACGUUUAUAGCUAUUGAUGUUUUGAGUGAAUUCAUUGAUUUUUAGUUACCUACUUGAAAACAUAGUGAACUCUGUGAGUGAUAUAUAUUUAUGGAGUGGUGUAUUCCCCACCUCAGUUAAUGCCAUGUGUAUUCUUAACUAUUCUAAUGAAUGAUUCAUAUGAAGAGAUGGAAAAUAUAUGGAAACUGUAAGUACUAGGCACUUCCAGAAAAUGUAUAGGACUUUAACACGACCAUCGUAAUCGUACAGGAAUUUUAUAGGAACUUUAAUAUUUAGGAACCAGCAGAAUUUUAUAUGACUUUUAAGUGCAGUGGAAUAGGGACCUGAACAGAAUCAGUUUAAUAUUUCACAAUAUACAGAUUAAAUUGACAAAUCUGGUUCUUAUCUGCUAUCAAAAUAUGUGUUUCUACACAUACACUAUUUUGGAAAAGUUUAGUGCCAUUACUAAAAUUUUAUUAGCUAUUUGUCCUGUGUUUAUCUACUCUUGGCAUAUAAAAUUACUAAAUCCAUUAAGAUACAUGGAUAUCCAUCUAUAAAAUGUUGAGGUCCAUAGGCAUUACACAUUUACUAAGUCAAUUUCAAUAGUUUAUAUAUAGUUUAUGAGCUAUAAAUUCCAAGCAGGAUUGGUUGAUGUAUUCUGAGUAGAUGAUUCAAGGUACACACAUUGGAUGUACACAUUUUGGGGUAAAGGUGUGUGUGUAAAGUUUAGGAACCUACUACUUUAGAGUUUGGGUACAUACUCUUAUAUUUUUAAGAUACACCUGGGUAUGUCUAGCUAGAAACCAUAACUUUUUAAAUAUAUAUAUAUAUAUAUAUAUAUAUAUUUAGAACAUGUUUCAAACUUGAUCAAUGCCCUACUCCUAAUUCUUUCUCCUUUCCUGUUAUGUCCAUUUUCCAGGGUAAAGUGGAGUAUCUUGUGAAGUGGAAAGGCUGGCCACCAAAGUAAGGACAAUUAUUUGCACCUGCUCCUCGCUAUCUGUCUGUCUAUCUGUCUUUAUAUCUAUCUAUCUAUCUUUUUUUCUUUCUUUCUUUCUUUCUUUCUUUCUUUCUUUCUGUCUGUCUUUAUAUCUUUCUGUCUGUCUGUGUUUCUUUUAUAUCUAUCUAUUGUUUUCUUUCUUUACAUCUGUCUUUUUAAAUAUCUAUUUCUAUCUAUCCAUUGAUCUAUCUUGCUAUCUUGUCAUUGAUGUUCCUAAUAUGGGGAAACAGCACACACAGCAAACAAACUUGAUGUUUAACAUUUUUAAGAAACCAUUUUUUGUUUUGUGAGUGCAUUAUUUUUGUUUAAUAUCAUCUUCGAAAUACAAAAAUUUCACACCCUAUGUGUUUAUAUUGUGUUGUACAUUGUCACACAUCUAGCUGGAGGUUCAUUCUAAACAUAUGUUUGCUGUCUUGCAUGUAACAGAUUUUAUAACCGAUAUGGUAGAUAUGUGCUGCAGACAAUAAAAAGCACUAUUUAACUGUAACAUUUUUUAAUACAGAUACCUGCAUAGCUCUGUCUGUAGCUGCACUGGGAUUGAAGGGGCAACAUGCUCAAAACAGAGUAGUGAUUGCCCAGGUGAUGAGAGAAGGGGCUUGCAUUCAUUUAUGGAACAGUAGGUGCCAAUCAUUAAAAUAAUGGGAUUAGGGGAAAUUAUAUGAAACAUUAUCUUUAUCUAAGUGGAGACAAAGGCACUUCAAUGGACAACUGAUUGAAUUUUUAGUAAGAUACAUUAUUAAGAAUGCACACCUUGAUAUAAGUGACAGUGACGAGUCAUUAUAUAGUGAAACCUACAUUUACGAAUGUAUGGAGCUGCACACAAAUAGAUGUGUGUGUGUUCAAGCAUAGUGCCAGUUAGUUGUAGCUUUUUAUACACAGUAAAGACUAAAAAUCCCUGAGAUAUUUUCUGGUGCUAUACUCACACAGUGCCACUAGUGUCCUCAUUGGUAUUCACCCUGCGUAACUUUCAUACACUGGCACUGGCUUUCUCGUAAGCUCUCACAAGCUGGUUUUCUUAUCUACAUUAAAAAGGAAAACACCUGCUUGAAUAUUACAAAGAAAAAAAAAUCUUACAAUUCUCCUACGUUAGUGCAUUUUUUAUGUAGGAAUAAAUAUGAUUUUUAAAAAAAUAUUUUUGAUCUUUGGUUCAGAAUGGAGAAUUUAGAAAUGUGCAUAAUGAUACCCCCACCACACACACCACACCCCCAUCCUGUGCUAUGUAGUAAUGCAGAAUAAGAGACAGAAAAAUGGAGACCUGCAUUUUAGGAGGGCAGGGACGAGGGGCAGAGCCAGCCUCACAUUCUAGAAUGUGCUCUAGUGACACUAAUGAUCAGCUAUGUAUUCUGGAAAAAUAAAAUGAAUGACCGCACGUCUAUUGUAAGGCAUCAAAAACUAAGAAUGCUUUUUCAGGCUGUUGGAAAUGAAUGUGCUUUAAAGAAUCUAGGCAUACAAUUGUAUUGAAUGCAUCUAUCUCUAUUUGGAAGGCGAUGCAGUGCAAGAAUGAGGUAAAUUUGCAAGAUAUGUACGUGAAGAAAAAAAGACUAAGGGGAGGCUGCAGUAAAUGCACCUGCUAAGCUGUUCAUGGAAGCGCUCUGCUUUGCAAUGCUUGCUUCUAGAUAUGAUCUGCCUACUGAAUACGACUUGUUUAUCACCUCUAAUCUGACCGGGGGAGUGAGAACUCAGAGGAGGGGGGGAAGCAGGGAGAAUGACGCAUGAGUCAUAUGCUCACUUGUUUACUUCAGCCUGUGCUGCAGUGUGCGCAAGAAGAGGCAGAGAGGUGUGCACAGUAAAAUCCAUUUGCUGCCUGCAAGGUCUGCAGCUGCAGCAAACAAUACGGUGUAACAUUUUCUCAAUAAAACAGUUAUAGCAAACUAAAUAAAUAAGGAUAGUGCAAAGAUCACAUAUAAUGUAAACGUCUCGCCUUCAUAAAGCAUUGCUUUAUUCAAUGCCACUCACAAAGCUAUUCCUUGUUCAUCAGUUUAUUAUCCAUGAUAUUUUCUGUAAUUUACCUACGUCAUACCCAGUUAUGUGAAACAGCAUUUUAUGAAUACUCUACUGCCUUGCAAGCACUGUAUGGCUACUACAAUUAUUAUUGAUAAAAUAUUUUAAUCAUACAAAAAGCUCAAUCCCAGAUCACAUAAAUGCAGCCCAACUUGAUUGCUUUAAAGGGAUACUCCAGACCGCUAAAGAAUGUCAGCUUGCUGUAAGGCUUUAAUAUAUGAAGAGGGUGUCCUCCUUUUUCAUUUUACAAAAACUGCAGAUUUCAACAAAAAAUUGGUACUUUUAUCAAUUAACCUGGUUACAUUCACUCCACCCCACCCCCCCUUCCCCGGGUGUCAAUCAGAAAACAGGUACUGUUACUACCUGGUUUGGUUAGCUCAGUGGAUCUGAACUUAAGAGACAGCAAUUGCCCAGAGCACCUGCCUUGCAAAGACUUCUCAAUGAGCUGCAUUAGGAAGUCUGUGAUUGGACAGCCACAGAAAGUCUGGUCUGGGAAGAGGGAGGAGGACUUGCAAAGGCAGCAGCAAGCUGUUUUUAGAUAGAAAUAGAGAGAUAUAAAUGCAUAGAUGUUUUAAUUGGGGGAUAUAUCUACUAAACAGUUAAUUAUUUAUUUUUAUUUUUUGUAAUUCGGCUGUGGAGUAUUCCUUUAAAAUACUAACAAUUUUAUUAAUUGAACUGGGAAUUAACAAGCAAUUAUGAAUUUUUGGCUAAAAUAUCAAAAUUGUAAAAGGAAAAAAUAUCCUGUUUAAUUCUUCCCAGCUCAGUUACUUUGGCCUCGAAUAUGAAAUUUCUUGGUCAGCUGCCAAUAUUUUGGAAAAUGUAUAUUGAAUAACCCUACAAAAAACCUUUGGGAUUCUUCAGUCAUCCAGAAAUUGUGGAGUAUUAAAAGGACAAUUGCAUAAUUUAGACUCAAACAGGAGAACAAAUCUCAGCCUAGCAGACAAAUAACUCAAUUUUAAAAAGAUUUUUCCGACAUGGACCAGUGUACUCUGUGACCAUCAAAACUGAAGAAUGUUUGAAUUUUUUUUUUUUCUGAUUUGGUCUAUGCAGUAGUUACUUCCUCAGAUUACAGCUCAAUUUGAAGUUGUUGUUAGUGACCUGCAAAUGCUCAUGUAAGAAUGAACUAAAGGAAUAAUGGCAGUCCCAGUCUGUUAUAAAAUGCACACUUUGUGAAUCACUAAUGCUCCGUUUCCACUGAGCGGUAUGGUUUGGGUCGGUGCGGUCUGGUACGCUAUUUUGAGUGUUUCCAUUAUGAAAAUGGCCCAUACAACAGCACCAAACCGCACCAUUAGAGGGCCCACUUCAGAUGUAGGUCCAUAGGAAAUGGUAGGGUACGGUUAGGGCAGAGCUACUGGCGUCACACUAUACAAUCCAUUGAUUGGACAGGGAAACGUCAAUGCUCACGACAAAUGACAAGCUAGUCAUUUGGUCUAAACCCUGCAUGCCCCCUAGCAGUCCGACUUGCAGUGGAAACGUUUACCUGAAUAGGCUGGACCAUUCUAACCCUUCCGAACUGUACCGACCCGAACCAUACCGCUCAGUGGAAACGAGGCAUAAUAGGCAAGUUUCUGACUUAUAUACGUAAGCUUUUCUUAGUUCAUCAUUUAAGAUCUCUUUUAGAGGUACUGCCCGUUUAAGAGAGUAUUUAGGAGCGCACUUCAUUUUUUUCUGUGAGCCAGAAAAGACAUACACAGAUCUCUCUAACAUUUCUUUACAGCCAUUGCCUUCAAUGUUUUUUCACAUUUUUCUUUAUUUAAAAAAAAUAAAUGUUUUAACUUAACAAAGUCUUAAUUGUUAUAUCCUUUUAUACUUGUACUUUUGAAGAAUAAGUUUGCCACGUAGAAAAUUCUUCUAAUAUUAUACAUAUAGAAUUGUAACUAGGGAUGAUGACAUAGGUAUGUUAAAAAAAAUAAAUACUGAUGAAUUAUUUAGACUAUUAAGAAAUAGCUUUAGUGGAAACUGUGCAUAAAACAAUACUGAAUGAAGGAAGGUGACAUGUCCACCACAUACUUUAUUUUCUAAACUUUUAUACUUUUAUUUAGCACAAACAAAUUCCAUCCAUAGUCCAGCAUAGUCUUCAAGUAAUGAAGUGUUCCAACUCUGCUUUAUAAUAUGUAUAUUUAUAUUUGUGUGUGUAUAUGUAUGUGUAUGUAUACAUACAUACAUACAUACAUACAUAUAUACUUACAAAAACAAACACACUUAAAGCAGAGUUGACUGUAUCAGUAUACAGGGUCCUGGGGCAAUUAUUUUCACAGUAAGUAUUUGUGGACAGACAGAUUAAUUUCAUAGUAACUUACUACUGGAUUUACACAUUACUCGAGACAGUAUUUUUACAGUUAAGAAAGGGUGAGGUGCUUCAAAAGAGGGACUAAUUUGCACUGAUCCCUUAAAGGUAGGUGAAAUUAUUUUUACAGAUCUCCUAAAAACCAAUGGAAUGAUUUACAUUUAUUGAAAACAUCAUACAUACAGUUUUUUGAUGAUGUAUUGAUUAAUGCAAAUUUGUUUUUAGGUAACAAGUCCGCUUUGCGUAUGACUUCCUGGAAAGACGGCCGUGCAGCCAUCACUCCAGGAAUGAAAAAUGGGCACAAAGGCUUUUUACUCAUACCACUCAGGUGGCAGAAUGAUUGUUUUUGAUUGUGGAUGCAAUGGGUAGCUCAUUCCACCCUAUAUCAUUUAAUUUAGGAUACAUUUUUAAUAAUUAGAAUAAAGGAAGCAACAUUUAAAAAUAUCUGCGUUGUUCAAAUUACCCUUAAGGUUUCGUUUCCUAAACAUCAUUAAAUUGUAUGUCUUGUAAGUCAGAAUCUUGUGGAGUAUGCAAAAGAAAUGGUAAUGUCAUGGGUAAUGAAUGUGUUCUGGCAUGGCUUUUUGCUGACUAAUGCUAUGUAAUUCUGUAACUAAGAGUGGCAUUAAAAACAGAAAUUUAUGUAGCUCUGAAGCUACAUUUUCAGUAAUCUUCCAUAGACAAAAAAUGGGCCAUUGUGAGACCUGUUAACAUUACACGGUUAUUUAGUGACUGUUCACCUUUUCAGAUACAGUACUUGGGAGCCAGAAGAACAUAUCCUGGAUCCGCGGCUUGUUUUGGCAUACGAGGAAAAGUGAGUGCUCCCAUUCAUGUUGUUUCUUCAAAUACAUACUUUUAUUAAUAAUUGUAAAAAGAAAUAAUUGUGAUUUUUUAUAACUUUAUUUGAUUCCACUGCCUAUAAAAAAAUAUUAUUCUAUUUGAAUGUGUGUAUGUUAUAUGUAGUGAGUACAUUUCUGUGUAUCAUAGGUAGGUAGUAACCAGCUUAUUUGUUGAAACACAAUUUUUUGUGAAUUGAAACAGAAUUGGGAAAAAAAGAACGAUUCGAGGGACAUGAAAAAAGCAACAGAUGUUAAGUUUACAAUCAAUUUUUAGCAGUUAUAGGUCAAAUAUCUAGGACACAGAAAGGUGUGGUAAAUGUAGGUGCUUCUAGAAUUUGAUAAUUUUGCUAUAUUUCGUUUAGCUGCUGGACACAUUUCGUGGGCACUCCCAAAAUCCCACCACAAAUUGUAAUCACCCAAAAAAUUGGUCAAAUAGUAUAAGGAGGGAAUAACGGUUUUAAAUGGGACUUUAUGUUUAAUAGUUACCAUUGAGUCCAAAACCACUACACAAAAGUUACAUUUGUAGAACAAGAAAUCCCAGGGUAUUUAUCUAGGGGUAUUGUGACAUUUUUCAUAUGGUCAUUUUAGCACAAAUCUCUCCAAAACAUCUAGUUGUGUAAAGUUUUUGUUUGUGUGUUUCAAACACACUAUUGCAUUUUAGUGUUAAAUUCUAGACACACCAAUUUCAAAAUUCAAACUUACAAUUUUGGCACAUUGAUUUACUAGAUUAUGUCACCUUCUGUGUAUAGUAGCAGUGCUAACUGAAAAUAAUUUCUAUCAAGGCAUACCAUUAGCAAGAAAAGCCCUCUGAGCUAUUUUACAUGGGUUAUUUUUAGUCAUUUCCACACACAUUACAUAUUCACUGAGAAUUACGUUACGCUGACAUGUCAUUUCAUGUUACUGGAAUAUUCCAGGCACAAUGAACAUUACAGCUUACCGUAGUGGUUAUGAUAGUAGGGCUGGCACUAUCUGGGGUCCCUGCUAUGCUUCUCCCUACCGCUACUGCUAACAAUGGACAGCAAGUAGCUUAUUGCUCUCGGCCAAUGAGAUAAACUUAAGUUCAGGAGUGCUGACAAGAGCUCCAGGCUGUCCAGCGUUGGUAGUGGAGGAGACGAGCAGGACUGGCGCACUCCAGACAAGAAGCAUUCAAGCAUUCAAAAACAGCGAUGGUGUAUGUCUGAAUAAAAUAUAGAAAUCAAUAUGUUCUAAAUGUACAUUGAGUUUUACAGGACUAGGCUAUAGUCUCAUUAAAUAUAUGCUGAUUAGUGUUCUGUUGUUUCUAUAGGGAAGAAAAGGAGAGAGCUUCUGGGUGCAGAAAACGUGGCCCAAAACCAAAGCGCCUUCUCCUGCAGGUAUGCAUGCAUUGUUAGGAAUAUGUGUAUAACAGAAUACGAACACAUACAUUAUAAGAUCACAUCAUUUAGAUUUGUAUACAUUCUUCUUAUCAAAUACAAGAAUGACAAAUUAUUCUGAAUUAUGUCCGUUACUCCUUUAUAUCUUCUACUAUUGCUGCCCUUUUUCUGUAUAUCUAAUAAUUCAUGGCAUUGUAUUUGCAAAUUGAUAUAAUCAUGCAGCGUUUGUAUAAAGUGGGAUAUUUAGUUGACUGGCUGCCGAUAAUUUUUAAGAUGCUGCCAUAGAUACACCUGUAUGAUACAUUUACCCUGUUACUGCCUCGGUUAAGGUAUUAUUGAAAUGAUGCGAAACAUCUCCAUAUAAUAACCUUCUUAUACAAACACAACGAGUGUCCCCAGCUACCAGUCACAUGUUGUUAAUUCAAGCAUAUAUAUUGAAUGAUAUCAUUAAAAUCUGGGUGAUAUUUAGGCAUCAAGAAGAAAAAAUGUCUGGUAUUUGGCUACCAUUGUAAAACACUUUCUCUAAUAUUUUUAUAGCACCUCAUGUGCCUACAUAAAAUAUCUUUUCAAAAGGCUUGAGUAAUGCUUGUUUGAAAUUUAUCAUUCGAAGAUCUGCUGCUUAGAACUUCAGUGGAGAUCAGUACAUACAUAGGGAAUAAGAUUACCUUGUCAGUUGAGGAUAUAUUGUAGAGAUAAUGGUUAGCUAACAGAAUGGUGAAAUUAGCCAUAAUCAUAAACAAAAUAUAGAAAUAAAACGAAAGUGCAGAUCAUACAGAUUGAAGCAAUUCCUGGGUGUUCCUUGUUUCCAUUUGUAGAAAUCCCUAGAAUUGUUUUUUAUACAACUUUGUGGAUGUGUUAGUUAAGUGGGAGCAAGAUUAUAUCGUGCAAGCAUGUGUUAUUAUAUUAAUUGAGAACUGAAUGAGAGGAAUAACAUUCAGAAUCAAAGUUACUGUCAGGAUCUUGGGAACAUUAUUAAAUAUGCUAGAACCACAGGACUACCUUCUUGGAGGCAUAGAAAGGAGCUGUGCACAAAUCAAUGCACAUGUAUGGUAUGCACAAACCAAUUUGGUGAAGUGCAAGAAUAUUUUUAUGACUAUAGUGAAGCAAUACACCACAUUUUUAAGAAAAAUCUAUGCCAACAGGUGUCCAAUAUAGAUUAUCCUAUUCCUUCUGCUUUGUCCAGAGGUGGAAGGUGAGUUUUCUACUAAUGCAGUUACAAAGCAACAGUUUGAGCAGAAAUGUGACAAACAUAUUUGAAAUACAAAGGCUACAUGAAUGAUCUAUAGCUGGGGUAGAGGCAACCUUAGGCACUCCGGUGUUGGACUACAUUUUCCAUAUGUUCUUACAGCCAUCUUAUUUUGCAAAGAACACAAUGCAGAUCUAUAUCCUGGAAUGUCAAUUUGGAAGGAGCACACGCAUAUGUUUUAUGUAAAGAACAACUCCUAUGUUUUAGUUUCUAAGUAGAAUUUUCUUCUUAAUAAUGGUCAGAUUACUUCAUUAGAAGCAGAGGAGUCUUCUUUUUCGUAACCCAUACUGUCACCCAUAAAGAAAUUAAUUCUGUCAAAUGGGAAUCAAGACAUGAAAGAAAAAAUAAUCUAUUCUAAGAAUUUUUGUAACCGUUAUUGCAAUAGAACAUAGAAUCAAAUAAGAUUCAAUCAAAAUGUUUGUUUCUAGUGAACAAAGUUGCAAGUAAGAUCAAUUAUCCUAGUUAUAGGGCACAAAGUACCACUGAUUGUUCAAGAAAAUGAUUUGCAUGUUUGGCCGUUUCAUUAGUUUGCGUAGUGAAUGCAGGAGAAGAUGAAUAUGACUCACUUAGGGACACAGUGUCACCAAAUAUGGGCAAUAAACUGACAUUUGCUAUUAUAGACUAUUUUUGAUACAUUAUUGAUGUGCUAUAGAAGUAGUAUGUAAACUCGCAUGUACAAGGAGAAAGAUAUAGAUGUACUUUAUGUCCUUAUCAUUUCUGCAGAGGCUAUAUGGCAUGGAUCUGCGCAGUGCACACAAGUCUAAGGAGAGGAACCUUUGUUUUUCGUUGUCACGAAGAUUCAGUGGUGGAAUUGGAACCAAACCAGCACCAACCUCGUCUGUGCCAGAGAAAGCCAAGUCACUUCAGUUCCCACUCAGCAAGCAACGCAAGGGCCGCAAAUUUCUGUGCCUAUCCCGUAAGAAGUUUCUGCGGGUCUCUACCUAUGAGCCUUUGAGCCGAAGGUCCGAGUUCUUUUCCAAGGAGGAGGAAAAGGAAGAAACACAGACGAUCCAUGAUUGGCAAGAAGAAAGACCUGUUGAAGAAGAGAACCAGGAAGAUAAAACUAAGCAGGCAACAGGUACCACUCAAGAAAGUAUCCUUAAAUCAAAGACAUUUAUUAAUGGCAGUGUCUCCUAUGAGAGAUGUUGAAGAAACCGAUACCUGUCACUUGUGUGAUGAAAAUAGGCUAGGAUUUUAAGUUAUAUCAGUUAACUCUGGGUUCGCUAAUGCCUUUCAUAUAAUUCCCAUGGAUAUUUUUCAUUCUCUUAUUAAAUGAUGGAAAAUAGAUAAGGAGAAGACAUAAGACUCUGGGUGUUGCCUUGUCAGAGCCACUUAAACAUAAUGAAUAUUUACAAAAAUCUGUUGGAAUUUGCUACUAUCAUUUCUGAUGACUAUUAAUGCAAUAGACCACUGCAUGGAUUGAAAGCUGCAGUACCAUGUUUUUUUAGCUUUCCUUUCCUUAUGCCCUCUUAAUUUUAAUUAGAAAGCACCCUACCCCAUGCAAUUUACAUUUUUGUAUGUAUCUUUUUUUUUUUAUGAACGAGGAACUACUGACUGGCUUAGUGCGUCAGCUGACCGCUCUUGCCAAUCUGUGGCGGCACUCUGAGCUUUAUGUAACCUGGUUUCAGAAGCUGGAUGCGACUGGGUUACCUGGAGAUAAGAUGCUGGAGGCAGUCUUUGGGGUUAAACUAUUCAAGAACGAUUUAACUUAAGAGAGCACCCGAGAGCCUUUUGACGUUGUUAUGGUGACCGGAGUAUUGCUUUAACCCCUUAAGGACACAUGACGGAAAUAUUCUGUCAUGAUUCCCUUUUACUCCAGAAGUUGUGUCCUUAAGGGGUUAAUGGAAUUUUGAAACCAAGUGUUGCUGUUAAUAGAAUAAUAGAAUUUGUAAAUUGUAUGCACAGAAUAACGCUUGUGUGUUAUCUUAUGUUUCUGCAGAUGAAACAAAACCAGCUGCUCCACAGCUUUGGCUCCCUGCCCUUCCAAGGCCCAGCGAGAUCAUUGUUACUGACAUCACCUCAAACUCCAUUACAGUGACUUUUCGUGAGGCUCAGUCCGCAGAAGGCUUUUUUCGAGAUCGUGGUGGUGACUGCUAGUUGCUCCCUCCCUCUGCUGUAUCUUUCUAUUUUAUUCCUCUUCCUUCUUUCCCAGAAUGAUUUUUGGAAACUGGGAAAAAAACACCAAGAAAACAGGGAAAACAAUAUGUCACAAUUAUUUACAAAGAGGCCUGUGAAUGAGAGUAGAACCUUGAUCUCAUUAGGAAGGGUAUAGUCUUUUCCAAAGUCUACUGCUAGCUCUUCAAACAUUGUGUUGGCUAGCUCAUCACAUAUUAAUAGUUAUGUAGGGAUCUUAUCUUGACCAUCUCAAAGAUAAAUCUAUAUCCAAGACAUACUUUAUGUUGGACAUCAACUAAAGUUUGAUUACUUGGAAAAAAAUGUCUUAUACACUUCAUCAUUUAGUUAUCCAAUGCGGUUACGAUUUGACUUGGUAAAAAGUAAAGUUUGCCAUUAAAAAGUAUAAAGCAGUAAUGCAUAUCCCUGUAUCGUACAGGGUUUUUUUUUAGGAGGAGAUUUCAAGUCUCUAAAAGCACUGGAUGGGGCCAUGUUCCCCUAAACUGCAUUACAGCAUGAGUUUAAAGGGACUGUAGGUUCUGUAAAAUGUUAUCUUAUUGAUUUGGAUAUAGUGCCUGGAGUUCCCUGGCUGUGCCCUUUCAUUCAGUGUUAAACCAUUUUCGAUAAUUUUAACACUUUAAACAAUGGUCCUUGGCCACUAAUAGACGGAAUUCGCCAGAGGACUCCAGAUGGUAUAAUGAUUCCAUGAGGUGAAGCAGUUACAGUGCCUAAAGGGUCCCUUUAAUUUAGAAUGUUAGAGGGACAUUAAACAUGUUCUAAGAUUAUAGGUGUUAUAUCUGCCCUUAGAACACAUACUUACUAUAAGCAGGUAUGCCUCCAUUCAUGCACAUUGUUCCCCUACAGGCAGGGAAUUUAGAUGCACUUAACUCCGUAUACGGUACUAAACGCACUUAUGCAUUUUGCACUCAGCAUCCUGUAAUAUUUGCAGGUUUUUUUAACCGCACUCAAUCAGUUUGCUAAUAACCAGAUUUACCAUGUGUAGACAUCCUGUGAUGUACCUUUUGCUGGUUUUAGCAUACAUAUCUAUCAUAACAACUCUGUUUCCAAGCUAGCUUUAUCAGUACCUUAGUAACAAUACAUGCUGCUCAGUGUACAUACUGUUCCUCUUUGAAUUCUCAGAUGGCAUGAUUAACAAUGGAACGUAUGCCAUUCUUUACUAUAAAAUGUUAUCUCUGUCCCUGUCUUACUAGUUUAAUGAAAAUACAUUGUACAAAUCUUCUAUUUGCCCAGGUAUAGACAACCUGAAAACAUGUUAUAGAUUAACAUCACCCAUUAUCGUCUUGGCUAAGUUGGUCGAGGAUCACACAGAUAUAAAUAUAAUAAUGAUAUAAAAUACAUAAUAGGGGUUUAAAAUGUCCACUAGCCACUAAUGAGUGCAAAUUCUGGGUGAGUGUUCCAUGGACCCCCAGUGCGGUGGUGAGUAACUUUUAACCCUUAUGUUACUUCCAGAUGAGAAAACAGGAGACAAUAUUUUAUAGGAUUUGAGAGGAAAUAUAAUAUAGUUCUUACAGUUAGUACCAUAAUAUGCAAUAGGUGAGCACAUGGUUAAAAAAAGCCAAGCUGUAACAGAGAGAGUAAAGAUGGGUGGUUGAGUAAAGCACUUUAUAUUGCACUAGGGAUAUUGAAUAUAUUAAUGAUUAAAUUGUUAUUUAUAAAGGGAUUCGUGUAUACAUUUCGAGGAGUUCAAAUAAUGUCAGUCAAAGCAGCAUAACCUCAAAGGCUGAGCCACCCUCCUGCUUUGUCUGACAUUUUUGUUUAAAUUUUACAGGAAAUCAGUCUGACAUUGCAAAAAUAAAGUUUCCAUAGAUUUGUUUUGUGGUCAAAACUAUUUCUAAAAAAAUGCUUCCUGACAUUAAACAUAAUGAAACGUACUACACAAACAAAAUUAUGUAAGGGCUUCUUGUAUUCACUAAACAUUGAAUUGUAGGCUAAAUUAGUCAAGCUCAGACUGUAGCCGAUUUGGAGAAUUGUUGUGCAAAUCUUUGUUUAGUGAAUAAAUACCCACAAAAUGUUUUUAGUUAUAUUAUGUUUGCUAAGGUACAAAUAGCAAAGUGAUAGCAGAGGGAAUACAAGCUGCUAUUUUAUUAAACAUGUAAGUGUAAAUCUUAAUUCAAAGUGGCCAGUAUUUACAUAACAAAAUUAAAAAUUUUGCACAGGCCUGUAAAUUGAGCUGAUAUUUCUUUGGCAAUGUAUAUUGAAGUAGUUAAAAAAAAAAUUAUUUUGUCCAGACUGUCAUUUAAUGUUAUCUGUUUUUUUUUUUUAACCAUAUUAAGCAAUAUAUAUUGCCUUUUAUAUUAUAUUCUUUAUAUACAACCAUGUAAAUGUAACUUCUGGGGGGCAAAGUAGAGGGUUAUACAGAUGGUAUAGUUACAAAAUAGCUUACACUUAUUAUUUGAGGUAUUUAGCCUUUCCUGUUUUCAUUGUUAGGUAUGCAGCAUAAAAACACCUCUGAUUUAUAAUAGCAAAUUCACUGAAAUAUUCAUGCAUAGAGCAGCUAUAUUAACUUUCUGGGAGUUCUCAGCUGAGAUAGACUGUGAGGAUAUAUUUGUGGGCAGUAUUGCCAAACUAAGCUGACCACAUCAGAAUUUUGUCAGGUUUGCCCUCUAAGGGAAUAUCAUAAAGGUCAACAAGUGAUCUUGCCCAACAAAAUAAAUGGUUUAUCAUUUCUGUUUUAAAAUGCCAAAUUACUGGUAUAGGUAUAGAUGCAGUAGUAUUGUUAGUUUAACAGUGUAGGUCAUACCUGUGCUGUUAUCAUAGAUUUUGGCAUAUUACAGGCAAACCAUACAACGGCAUCUGGUAUUGGAUAACUUUUAGCAUCUAAUGGUUUUUUUUUUUUUUUAUAUUUGCUAAUGAUAUCACCUGCAUAUUGCAAUUGAUUUAACUUUAAUAUUCUGUUAACUUUGUAAGUUGUGAAUUAACAAGGUAAUUGCAAGAUGUAUGCCAAUGUAGCUGAGUAGGAAGUUAUUUUCCAAUAAGGUUAAUAUGGCCUAAAUGUCACAGUGCCUUUCUCAUUUCAUCAUAAUUUGCAGUUCUGUAAAUAAAUUCUUUACUGAAUAGGAACCUUGUCAUGCAUACAUUAGUCAGGUAUACUUCAGGUGAUUUCCAGUUAAUAUGGUUUUUACAGUAAACCAAACCUCACUAAGUAGUGGAAAUUGCUAUCUUGAUACAUGUUCCAUUACAUAUUCUCUAAAAAUGGUGAAAUCUACAAAUGCUAGGACUAAUCAAUAGUAAUGUCAAGGAGGAGCAGAUUCCCCCAGUUAAAAUAUGUAAAACCCCAAAAUCUACAUAAUUUUACUUUAGUGCUUAAGUCCUCCCAAUUGCUGCUAAUAACUUAUUGAAAUUGUCUAGAUUAAUGCUUGAUUUAAAAGAGCUCUGGCUCCCAUGCUGUUUUAAGAUAUUGUGUACUGUGAUGCACAUUGCUGGAAUCAUAAGCUGGAAUAUCUGCCUUGCCAAAAUGUGAUUUUGUAAGCACACCACUUUUUUUUGUUUCAACUAGAAAAGAAACUAAAUCAAAUAAUAUUAUUUGCCAUACCCUGAUUGUCAUUAUCCAGCCUGCGUCACCACUCUUGUUUGGUAUGUAUUUUCCCGUCAUGUGUUUGUUUAUAGUUAUGCUAAGUUGCAUAACAUGGUUAAUCUUGUGAACUCAUUUUCUCCUGAUGUUCAUUCAGCCAGUGUGAAGUCUGUCUAAACAGCAUGGAAAAUGUAUUACACAAACAAGAAUAAAGGUUAUCUAUUAAAGGCACAGUACCUUUAGAAAUAAAUAUAUCAUCAUUAGAGGUAGAUGUUAUCCUUACUGUACUCAGACUUCCCCUUUGUUUAAAAAAAAACACAAAAAACAAUGUUAAAAAAGAAAUACAUUAAAUUUACCUUUAAUCAAGACCCAUUCUGACACUGCUCCUUCCACUGUAAGAUCGUAAGAUAAGAUAAUACAUGGUCAGAGUAAAUGGCGCAUUAAUGACCUCUGACAUAUGAAUUGCAAUUACCGUGUUCUAUUAGCACAAUGCUAAUACUACUUUACAGAAAGGGUAGUGGACACAUGGAAUAGCCUUCCUGCUGAAGUGGUAGCGGUUAAUACAGUGAGGGAGUUUAAGCAUGCGUGGGUUAGGCAUAAGGCUAUCCUAACUAUAAGAUAGGGCUAGGGACUAAUGGAAGUAUUUAGAAAAUUGGGCAGACUAGAUGGGCCGAAUGGUUCGUAUCUGCCGUCACAUUCUAUGUUUCUAUGUAAUGCUUCUCACGGGGGAAGCAUCAAACCCAGUGCUUCUCUAUUGCAUUCACAAUAUCUCAGCUGAUAUAUACCAGAAAGGUAAUAUGGGUGCUUUCUUUAGCUUCAUCUGUCAGAAAAUGUUAUACAUUUCUUUAUUUUAAUUAACCAAAAUUUUAAGCUAAUUUGUUUAUUUUUUUUGCUUUUACUGAGUAAAAAGUACAAUUAAGAGGCAAGGCAAAAUCAAAACUUGUUACCAAGUAACAUUUCUGUGCUUCUCAGUUGUUUGCCAUUUUCUUUUGCUGAAUGUCCUUUUAUAAAACAUCUUUGUCCAGGUUCACUUCAGAACUAUUUAAUAACUCAUUCCAUAUUUGAUAGGAUCAUGAUAUGUGACCAUCUUCGGACCAAUCCUGCAAAUAUCUACUACCAGAGUUUAAAGACACUGUUACCAUGCAGGCAGUUUUUAGCAAAUGUAAAAUAUCAUAAACAGAGCACCCUAGGAGGCUUUAUCCUGAAUAUUAGUAAACAUGACGUAUAUAAACAUGGCCUCAAGGACUGAUUUGCUCACAGCAUUCUGGGAACUGUGUGAGUAUAUAUGAAAUAUUUGGGCUGGAUUGGAGCUUAGUUACAUCACAUUUGGAAAAGUGUCACUAUAAAUUAUACCCAUAUGUUGUCUGUCAUAUUAUGUGCAUAUCUAUGUGUGUAUUCAUAUAUGUAUGUACAUAUACACGCAAAUAUAUAUAUAUGUAGAUCUAUAGUACAAAUAUUUGAAUAGCACCACGUAUUGCAAAUCGUGUUCUUUGACAAGUCAAAUGCAUAUAAUCAUGUGUAGCUGCAUUGUAUCAAGUGGUAUCUUGUCACGAAGCAAGACUAUAUAGAAAUGUCAGUAAGAGUAUGUAUGAUCUGUGCUGGGCUAUGUAUGAGGUUAGCGUUUUCAGCACUUAUUUAACCAAUUCACGUGAGUUAAGUAGCCAGUUCGACACAUCCCUGAAAUGAUUCCUACAUUUUUGUUUAAAAGUGAAUUCCUACAUUGAAAUACUUAUACUGCUGUUAAAUAUAACAUAUAUAUGGUCUAUAUAAAUCUGCACAGUUGCAUCAGUCCCGUGUUAGCAGAAAUGUUGAUGCUGUUUAUUGAAAAGACUUUAAACAAAAGUCUAAGUAAUAACACAGAAAACAAAUUUUCCGUUAUGAGAAAACUUUCAUUUAGAAGUUAUUUAAUCCCUGUAAAAUCCAAACACAGGAAUCUAUGUUUUUAAAAAAAAAAAAAAUAUUGUUGUAUUGUUUUUGACUGGGGUACACCAUAAGCAGAGGACAAACGUAAAAUUAUAUCAAAUAGGAAUUUAUAGAGAUCUAUUUUUUUAAUGAAAUACAUAAUAUUACAUGGCAACUAAAAUACAACAGUUAAUACAAGUUGCACUGUAUAAUGAUUCUGAGUAUCUAUAUACUUUGACAGAUCCUUGGUCUUCUAUUAACUUGUAAUAUAAUCGAACAGUAAUAAUUAGAAGCGCAUGCUUACUAACAAGUUAUGCAGUUGCCUGCAGUGUGUAGAUGUACUCAGUAUUGUUUUAUAAUGCAGCAUGUUUGUUUUUUGGGGGGCAGUGCGCGUAUGCUGCAGCACAUUGCAGCUACAUAUAUCACAUGUUGCAAAACUUGACUAAUUUCUUGAGAUUUCCCACAAUUUCAAAGUCAGGAAAUUGCUUCUAUGAAGUCUGCACUUGCAUUGUCCUGUCAACUCUCCAUUUUUGUAUCAAUACAGCAAAGUGUAUAUUUACAUUUUUACGAUGUGGAUUUUUCAACUCCUUAUCUCAGGAUCCCCAAAUUCACUCUAUAUGACAAAAGUCCGUCAGGGGUAUUAACAAUAUUAUUCUUUAAUACAUACUUGUAUUAUUCUGGUGUUGUUCAUAAAUAAAAAACUGUUUUCUUUUGUGAACAUUUUGCAAAUUUGCUGCAGUACAUACUCCAUUUCCACAAAGAAAUGUGAAAACAAAAAUUUGUUUGGACAGUUGUUAUUUCUUUCUAAUGUAUGAUAUUGUUUGCCAAUUUUACAAAUUUUUCUACUUGUAAAUGUCUGUAUUCUAAAACACAAAUGCGUUUCUGUUAUGUUAACCACUAUAUGUAAAUUUAUUUUUGUUAUCCUCUAUUUAUGGAUUGGGGCAUCCUGAGGGGUUUGUCUGAAAAUAUUUUUAUGGGCUUCUGUAGGAGUUUAUUUGCAGAGUCAAGUAGUUAAGAAAAGAAAUGUUACUGAUGUUUAAAACGCUGUUGUUUCUUUAUAGGAUAGCCAUAUGUGAAAUGGCCCCAUGUUCUCCAGCUAUUUCAAGGCUUCCAUAAAUGUUGCUGUAUAAAUAUUUCAUUUCAUAUGGUUAGCAAGUUACAAUUGUGGCUGCAUCUUUUUGUUUUUUAAAUUGACCGGUUAGUGUUAUGCAUAAAAACUAUAUGCUGUAGAAAAGCUACUGAAUUAAAUAUAAAAUAUUCGUGUUUGUGAUUGUCACUGAAGAUCAUCUUAGAUAUGUGACAUCGUGAUUCUGUAGCAAAAAAAAAAAAUUCGAAAUGCUUCAUGUGUUGGAUUGCAAAAAAAAAUCUACAUGUGUAUAGUAUUAUUCUAACACUUUGGGUUGUUUUAAAAAGGAAGUUGCUUGCAGCUUGCUUUAAAACACUUGGCUGCCAGUGAAGCUUGCACCGCAUGGCGUGUUACUCUACUCUUGGCAAUAGAUGGAGUAUAACUGUUGUUUGUUGUAGAGGAUUCUGGGAGGCUUGUUCAUUGAUAAUUAUGCAUAAGAGUCACAGAGACAAAUUGAAUGUACUUUUGGUUGGGUAUUUUUCAGGCUGGAUUUAAACCUCCAAAUUUAUCAAAUUUUUGAUGUUUGUCGGUAUUUCGUGAAAAUAUUUGGAUUAACCCCUUAAGGACAAAUGACAUGUGUGACGUCAUGAUUCCAUUUUAUUCCAGAAAUUUGGUCCUCAAGGGGUUAAGCAACCUAUCUUUUUGUUGUUGAUUUUAGCUUGCUAGUGCAACAGCAAACAUACACAUAGAACGCACACAUUCCCACACUAGCUGCAACCUCUGUAAAUUUCACUUAUAAUCUAUAAGUGGAAACAUUAUUUCUGCAGAGUGAAGAAAACUGAACAUAAGUAUUGGCGUGGCAUAUCAACUUUGUUCAUAUAAUUAGCUAAGCUAAGCAAUACUUGAACAGUAAAAUACAAGAACAAACUAUCCGCACAUCUACCUAAGUAUAACUAUUAAUUAUUAAACGUGUGAACCUCCAAUGACAAUAGGCAAAUAUUCUGUAGUCUAAAGGUCAUUUUAUUUAUAAACCACUGCUUAUUUGACAGAUGCUAAAUAGUCAUCAGAUUUACUUUAACCGUAUAAUUAGCAAUUCAACACACAAAAAAAAAUCCUGAAGUGUGCAAAUGUAUAAACAAAUACAUUUUAAAUGAGUGUUUAUAGGUAAUUGUAGAAUUUAAUGUCAUUUCUGCAAAAGGAAAACAUAUCUAUAAAUAUAAUCUGUCAGUAUUCCUUUUUCUGUUGUCAGUAAACCCACAAUGAUAUGUUUGUGUGACUUUAUUUUUUUAAAUUGAAAUAAACAAGUAUAAAUAAAUUGUGCGGAAUAGAAAAACAGGUAAGCAGUGACCGUUACAGUAGAGGUAUAUGAAGCAAUAAACAAUAAAGGGAGUAUAUGAUAAUAUCUCAACUCAAUAUAUAACAUGAGAAAAUGUAACCAUUGCUAGGUAACAGAGUAAUUCCCUUAUUUUAAGACACAAUAUAGUAUGUGGGGAGUUGGGGCGAGGUACAUAAAGGAAUAGGGGCCUGGACAAAAGGGAGAUAGAAACAUGGAGAAAACAGAUUCCUUCUGGUAGCAGGAAAGUCAGUCCUCUUCAGUUGUUUUCCUCACUGACCACUUGCUAAUGUUUUAGGUUCAAUGAAUGAACCCAGUCAGUUAGAAGGUAAUAUGCAUGUAUUUACAUCUAAUCUAUGCCAUUGGCCUUGAUACAUGUUGGACUAUGCUGCUAUAACCAGGGUUAGCGUCUCUAGCAUUGCUAUAAGAGACCUCAUACCCAAAACAUUUGUGUAAACAGGACAUAAUUAUCGAUUUUAUCUUUUAAACUUGUAUAAGGGCAUUGAGUGUGUCUUACAGUGCCAUCUGUUUUACUUCAGCUAAGCUAACUUGAGUAUAUCAAUUAUUCCAUUGUUAGACAAUGAACUACCAGCAACAGUAAACACGACAUCAGGAAUAAAUUAAUAUUAAAGACAUUUACUGAAUUAAACUAAUUUAAUUAGUACAAUAUGUGCAGCAAUUACAAGUAAAAGUCCUCCAAAAUACAGCAACAGAACAAAACCUUUUUUGAUUUAGCAAAUGAAUAUUAACCACAUAACAACUAAUUGUACCAAAGCAAAUUUUAAAUGUACAAAUAUAUAUUUUUAUUGCGGAAAAACUCAGUUGGUAUUGCAGUCAUUUGGAGACCGUUUAAUUGUUUGCUUUUGACUACAAUAACGAGGUCCGGUUAACAGGGCAAUGAUUGAUUUAAGAUCGUUAUUUUUCCAAUUUGACAUAAAAAGAGCACUUUAAUAAACAGAUACAGUUUUUAAUAGGUUGCUGAGCUUUUUUUUUUGCACUUUAAGAAAUCCCAAAAUUGUAAUCCAGCCUGAAAAGAUUUGGGGGAAUUGUGAUGGGAGAGAACCAAGGUCUAUUUAAUGAAAAGAAAGCGUGAGAUCAUAUAAAGAACACUGAAUUAGAUGUUUGCUUUUAUUUUUGUAUCUUUGUUGAACAUUUAUUUAUGUAGACAAUUUGUUGCAGAAUUAAUAAAAAAAAUGCUAUCUAUAUUAAAUAAUUA